CCUCCCUCCGGCUACUGGUCGUACGAUAUGGUUAAGUAGCCGGGCCCGAGAAACUCUCCAAGCUAGCGGAUAAGUACAACUGCAUAUUCAAAACGGUUCUUUACGACCCGGAGGAUCCUCGGUGGCCAGGAGUCGAGAUAUUGCCCACAAUGAACAAUGCUAUAACGAAAGUCGCCAGCGAUCUUGGCAUCAAGUUCCCGAGCCUCCGAAUCGCAGGUUUCAUGCAAGAUGACGACGACACCAUUGUGUCGCUGUUCACCAACCACGACAUCAAGCAGGGGCUACCUUCGCCGGAAGACGGUGAGCUUUUGGCGCUGUACUCGGAGUGACCGGAGAUCCCAGGUGGCGGUUGGAUGUGUUUGAUUGUUGGGGACUGCUAAUCGAUAUGGAGGUGAAACGCGAAUUACGGUGCGUCCUGACUCCUCUUGCACGUCGUCUGGCAAACUGACUGACGCUAUUCACAGGUCUAUCGUCUCAAUCGCUGUUUCCUUUCGGUGUUGGCCGACCUGCGCAUACCUAUCAUCUUUGGAGAUCCUUCUACCUCUGUACUUGUAUAAAUUCGGUUGUACAUUUGUAAUUUUCUGCCUUGCUCUUUGACUACGUAGUCGUCCGCUAUUGCCAAGUGUGCCCUCUGUAACUCACUA